AUGGUCUCAACAGAGCCAGUCGCCGCCUCAUCUGCGGCUGCACCCUAUGGCCCGGACUCCAGCCCUAGGUCCCUGCUCGGCAAGCGAAAGCGGGUGGUGCUCACCUACGACGUCCGCCGCGAUCGCAAGGUCCGCUAUAACGGGGCCAUGUCAAGUGCUCCACGGCCCUUCCCUGGUGUCGUUGCUAAGCAGGGUGCUAUAGGUCUUGUCCGAGCUUGUUUUUACCUAGAAGCCAGCAGCGACCUGCUUCUGAAUGUUAGCUAG